AUGAAAUUUGAAUACAUUUUGGUUUCACUUGCUAUUGCAAGCUUAAAUGAAGCAGCACCUGUAAAGAGAGGUUUUUUUGAUGAGUUAUUUGGAAUAUCAACCACUACUUCUACUCCAGUAGUCGCUGUCCAACCAGCCACAACUCCAGUUGUUCAAACUGUUGCUUCAAUUACUCCUGCUGUGACAACUCCUGUUACACAAGUUGCUGCUACAACUUCAAGUGUUGGUUUUUGGGGAAGAUUAUUUGGUGGUGGUAGAUCAUCAACAACUCAACCAGUCACAACGGCUGUUGCUCCGGCUACACAAGUUGCAAACACGCCAGCUGCUGCUAUAACUACAGCUCAAGCGGUUCAAGCCACUCCAGCAGUUGCCGCAACUCAAGCAGCUACAACUACGUCAUCAUCAUCGCGUGGGUUAUUUAGUAGUUUAUGGAAUAGUUUCUUUGGUGGAUCAUCUGGACUGAGUUCUUCUUCCACUACUACUUCUACUGCCGCUGCGGCUGCACCAGUUGCUCAAACUACUACACAACCACAACAACCUAUCUCCACUACAGCACUGUUCAGUACUCCGUUGGUUGUAACAAGUGAACAAGUUUUUGUAUCUGUUGUUACUCCAGUUCAAUCUGCAGCUGCUACAGCUAAUGUUGGUUCUCUGUCUUCUUCAGAUAGUGGAGAUUUGUUUGCCUUUUUGUUAGGUGGAUCUGGAUCUGGAAGUUCUUCAUCAUCUUCUCCAGUUGUGGUAGCCCAACCCAGCACAAAUAUAAUUAUUGGUAACUCAGCUGGCUCUAGUAGUAGUGUUGGAAAUUCAGGCUCAUCCAAUCCAAUUCAUGGUUCAGGCCAACAACAAAGUGCUGGUGGUAAUAGUGGGACUCCCACUACUACAGGUUCAACAUUGGGAAUAACUUUUCAAGGAGGAGGGACAGCAACUGCCCCAGUUAAUGAAGCCACUGUUACUGUGCAAGGUAGUUCUGAAGGAGCCAAGGCAGCAUUGGAGCUUUGGGUAUUACAUAUUCUCCAUACACCGAUCAAGAUACAUGUAAAUCUGCCCAACAAAUUUCCCGUGAUAUCAAAUUAUUAUCGGGAUAUAGUAUUAUUAGAUUAUAUGGUACUGAUUGUUCAGGAAUUGAAAAUGUCAUGGCAGCCAUGGGCUCUAAUCAAAAGAUAUAUCUUGGUGUAUGGAAUAUUGCUUCUCCAGAUGGUGAAUUACAAGAUAUUGUUAAUGCUGUGA